AUGGCAUCACCUUCGCAAAGAAUUGGCUGGUUUGGCCUCGGAUCUAUGGGGCUGGGCAUGGCCCUGAAUCUCCAAAAGCACCUCCGGAUUAAGGGAUCGCCACCACUUCGUUAUAGCAACCGCAGUUUAUCGAAGGGACAACCCCUGAAGGAUGCAGGCGCCAUUCCAGAAGAUGACUUUGAAAGCGUGGUUCAGAAGUCAGAUAUUAUCUUUACAAUGAUUUCCAACGACGACGUCCUAAAUGAAUUGUUGACCAAGGCCCUCACAGCCGGGGGCCCAUUAGCGGGCAAAAUAUUCGUGGACACAUCAACAGUCCAUCCAGACACCUGUGCAUCAGCUUCGCAACAGCUUGGUGAAAAGGGGGCGGUGUUUAUUGCUUCUCCGGUCUUUGGUGCUAGCCCGGUGGCGGCUGCCGGAAAGCUCAUCUUUUCGGUGGCUGGGUCCUCCGAAGCCGUAGAGACGAUCAAACCUUUGAUUGUUGAUGUUAUGGGGAGAAGCAUCAUAUAUAUGGGUGAGGAUGUGCGAAAGUCAAGUCUGCUCAAGAUUUCAGGAAAUAUUCUUGUUAUCAGCUUCCUAGAAGUGAUUUCCGAAGCGCAAGUGUUCGCUGAAGUGACGGGACUUGGCACUGAACAACUGGAGCAGUUCAUUGGCAGCAUGUUUGGCCCGGUUCUCGACAGUUACUCCAAACGUAUCACUACCGGAGCAUAUGCGCCACCACUAGACACUCCACCCGGCUUUGCAGCAGCUCUCGCGUCCAAAGAUGCCAAGCAUGCUCUCUCUAUCGCUGAGAAGCACGGAACCCGCAUUCCCACGCUUGAGGUCGCCUUGAGCCGUUUGACUGCAGCACGGGAGUAUGCGGGUGAAUCAAUAGAUAGUGCAGCCGUGUAUGGAACGGCCCGAAGAGAGGCGGGGCUACCAUUUUGGAGUGAGAAUAGUAGACAGGGGAAUUAG